UACGCGGUAUAGCGAACAGCAGCGACGUGCAUUAUUUAUAUCAUGAUCAGCAUAUGUUUAGAAGCGAUUUCAAAAUUUUGACCGAACUACAUGUAUUCCGAGCUGGGUUGGUGUCUAUUUUACACUUGUUCGUAUUUGUGCACUUAUGCUUUGGGAAAUUCGUACAAGCCGCCGCUUUAACCAGUUUCCCACGCAUAAAGUGGCAAAACAGCUUACGCCUGAAAAUGUCUUACCCUCGUAUAUUGUUUCUGUUAAUGAUGCUGAAUGGCGUUGCCCCGGCGUCGGUGGCUCUACAUUUAGAAGAAAGCGAUUUAGAUUGUGACUUCGAGCAUGGAAUGUGUGGCUGGGAAAACUAUUACGAUUUUUCCGGCCCACAAAUGCUGGACUUUGAAUUCGGAACGGCCGCUACUCUCCCUAGUCUUGACGAUUCCGUCGAUCGCGGUGUUUUCCUCUACGUACCGGUUCAUGAUGCCACCCCGUCUGGAACCUGGAGUAUUUUGCGUCAUGACCCCGUUGAGGGGAAUGAGCCAAGUAGUGUUUGCCUGCAGUUUGAUUACCUGAUCACUGAAGAACACGUUGGGGAUCUGACCGUGUGGCUGUACAAUUUGAUUGAUGCAGCUAAUGAGUGGAACUACACGUUGGUGUGGAGCUCCCUGGGACAAAACAAUUUUGGCACCUGGCAAAAAGGCCAAAUCUAUCUGGAUACCGGAGCAGUAUGGACGUUGCUGCUGGAAGCAAUCGUGAAUGAGCAAAACCAGCCGCUCUCUGACCGACUGCAUGGCAUAGCCAUUGACAACAUUCAGCACACUUUGGUGUCCAGUGCUGAUAAAUGUCCCAAACUUCCACAUCUUGCUGCAACGUCUACGACGAACCCGAUAACCAUUCUUUCGAACCCCAUUGUGCAGUCCUGUAGUUUCGAUGUCGACUUUUGUGGCUGGACUGUCGCAUCGGCGGUUUCGCUCUCCACCGUCAUUCGCUGGAUUCGAGCUCACCAAACCUUUACAGACGGGGACGAUGCCUGGAUUGUACCAUACCGCACAGAAAACACCCAAAGUGACUUCUUUCUAUUUGCGGAUGUAAGCGCGGACGCUGACGAUGACCGUCAAGGAACGAUCAAGACUCCAUGGGUUUUCGUCGCGGAUAAUUCUCUGCCUGUGGAUUAUUGUAUCCGUUUUUGGAUGUAUUUUGAAACCGACGAGGUUGCGGAAAUCAUUGUAACACGAAACGGGAAUGAUCUCGUGCGUUAUAGGGGCAACGCAACGGACGUGUGGAUGGAAAAUGUCAUUUCUUUCCGUACAACUGGAUCAUACCAAAUAGCUUUUCAAGCUCGCUCUCGCGCGCGCGGCGCCAGCAGUCCUUAUUUCGCUGCUGUUGCCAUUGAUGAAUAUGAACUUCGACGCGGCGAAUGCUCCAACGAUGCAACAAGUUCUUCACAGUUGAUUUCUACGUUGCCCACAGUGCUGACCGAUUCGGGGACAUAUCCUGCUUCCAUCGCCGAAAACACACUAACCACUGUGCCGCAACUGUUGACCACGCCAUCUCCAGAUGAGAAGACAACAAGCGCACCGGAAACCUGUGUCCCUGCAAACGAACCGGCCCCGAUAGACUGUCAUUGCCAGAAGGGUUUUAUCGACAUGGAUGAGACGGAUUUCCAGACUACCGAAGCCGUGGAAGCCGUAUUCAUUGCCGACAGCACGUACCUGUGCCGGAAGCAUUUACGAGAUCUGCAUUUCUGGCUGCUGCGCACGGCCGGUGCAACUGGUCGAUCCGGUGCUCCAGCUUUGCCAACCAGAAUCACAUGUUCGAAAGGUCAGUUCAGUGUGGGUGACGAGGAUCCGGACGUCGUGGAAUCGGGUGAACUGGUGUUUCGUGCUGCAAGCGUCGACCUGCAGUGCCGCACGGUUUUCGUUCAGUUUUUGAAGCGAAUGGCAGCGCUGGCUAAAAAAUGACAGAGAUGAUGCCCAUAUGCCACGAUCGUUAAUGAUUUAUAGUCUUCCUUAAUUCGCUGUAUAAUGAACCGUUUUUUUUUACUUUUGAUUUCUGAGCAAACAAAAGUACUCCAGUUAGUGCAGUCACGCUCAUUCGCCAGAUUUGAACAUUUAAAUUGUUUUACAGU